AUGAAGUUGAUCUGGAGUACAACUCUUUGGGGAAUCGCUCUCCUGCUGGUAGGCUGCGGAGCCUUCAGCCUGCCAAAUGUUCCGGAUACCUUGACCAAGGAGGAGCGUCUGGCCGCAUUGCAAUCAAUUACCGUGGCUGAGGAGAUAAGCCGUGAUUACCUGAAGUACCACCACACGGGAAUCCAGACGGAUCGGCUAAAGGAAAUAGGAUACGAUCUGCGGAACAGUCACAGUCGAAAGGACAUCUUCACUGAGUCCAUGGCUGAUCUGAAGUCUGCCGAUCAGUUCUUUGUGUGCACCAUGUGUCGAUCCACAAUCAAUGUCUUUGUACGAACCUUCACCGAGGGUGAACUGAGUGGUCCGCAGCGUGAGGCGGAGGUCAAGAAGCUGAGCCUGGGCAUCUGCGAUUACUUUGGCAUUUCCACCCAGGAAGUUUGCUCGGGUCUCUUCGAUUUGAAUUGGCCCAUCUUUGAUUUCAUCUUUAAUGAGACUGCCGCUGAUUCGCAAUCCUUCUGCGGCAUGCUGCCCAUUGCCAUUUGUCAGGUGAAGCAGGAUGAGUAUAAUCUUACAAUGACCAUUCAGGGGGAUUCCCCCACGGAGCACAAUUCGGAGUUACCCGCUCGCAGUUCGGAUGAUCUGCUGAUCCUUCAAUUUACCGACAUCCACUAUGAUCCCGAGUAUGCCGUCGGCAGCAAUGCCGAUUGCGAUGAACCCAUGUGCUGCCGAACUGCUUUGGCCUCGGGUGCGGAUACCUCAUCCGCAGCUGGUUACUGGUCUGAUUAUCGCUCCUGCGAUACACCCAUUCACCUCAUCCAUAGUGCCUUCCAGCAUGUCAAGGAUAACCAUAAGAUUGAGUGGAUCUAUCACACUGGCGAUGUGCCGCCCCAUAAUGUUUGGUCCACCACCAAGCAGGGCAACUUGGAUAUGUUGACCGAAAUCGAUGGACUUCUGGCAGAGUACUUCCCAAACACGCCCAUCUACCCCUGUUUGGGCAACCACGAGCCACAUCCCACGAACGUUUUUGGCAAUGAUGAAAUACCCACCGCCCUGAGUGUCAAGUGGCUUUAUGAGCACGUGUGGAGCUUGUGGUCCAAGUGGUUGCCUGCCGAGGCGGAAGCCACUGUCCUUCGUGGUGGUUACUAUACCGUUCCAAUUAGCCAAGACUUCCGGGUCAUAGCUUUGAACAGCAUGGAUUGCUACCUGUACAACUGGUGGCUUUACUACAAUGCCACACUGAUCCAGGAGCAGCUGCAGUGGUUCCAUGACACCUUACUCCUUGCAGAGCAGUCUGGUCAAGUGGUCCAUGUCCUGACACACAUACCCGCCGGCGAUGGUGAUUGCUGGAGCAGCUGGGCAAAGGAGUACAAUCGAAUUCUGACCAGGUUCAGUGGCAUUGUGACUGGCGUUUUUAGUGGACACACCCACAAGGAUGAGAUGAAUCUGCAUUACUCGGAGGAGGGCUUUGCCACGGUGGUGAAUUGGAAUGGCGGAAGCUUGACCUCCUAUUCGGAUACGAACCCCAACUACAGGCUGUAUGAGCUCGAUCCAAAGAGGAGGCAGGUGGUGGAGCAUCACACGUAUAUCUUCAACCUGACUGCAGCCAAUCAGAAACCGGAUGAGCAGCCGGAGUGGUAUCUGGAGUACGAGUUCACCAAGGAGUUUACAGAGGAUACAAGUCCUGCUGGGAUUGACAAGCUGCUGGUGCAAAUGGCCGAGAAACCCGAUCUUUUGCGUAAAUUCCGGCGGUAUAAGUUUACCAGUUCUGAUCCCAAGAUAGCCGAGGGCUGCGAUAACACCUGUCUGAGUAAGACCAUCUGUAGGAUAGCCACCAGCAAUUACCAGGAGCGCACACGCUGCAAGGAGCUGCAGGCCAUCCUGGCGGAGAGUCUGGAAAAGGAGGAUAACACCGAUGUUGAUGACCAAGGAGGCGGUGCCUCUGGUCUAAAGGCCUUCAGCCUGGCCUCUCUAUUGGCCUUGCUGACUGCAUCCGCAAUCCUCAACUGAAACUUAUCGUUGAGCUAUACAUAGCUUCCAUAAUCGUUGGCGAUAAUCGCACCACGAUGAAGCCAUAAAACGAGUAAUAAAACAACUUAGCCCGGAGAUAUAUAGAAAGAGAGAUAUAGAUGAUAAACCCGAAGAACAAUAAACACACUCGAUUCUUGUAGUCAACACUCA